UGGCCGCUUGCGCCCGGGAGAGGCUAUCCGCGCGCGACGGGACCAGCAGCAUGAGCAGCGGUUACAGCAGCCUGGAGGAGGACGCCGAGGACUUCUUCUUCACCGCCAGGACCUCCUUCUUCAGGAGAGCGCCCCAAGGGAAGCCCCGUGCCGGCCUGCAAGAUGUGGAGAAAGAGAAGGAAACCCACAAUUACCUCAGUAAAGAGGAAAUCAAGGAGAAGAUUCAUAAAUACAAUUUAGCAGUCACAGACAAAUUGAAGAUGACCUUGAAUUCAAAUGGGAUUUACACUGGCUUCAUUAAAGUGCAGAUGGAACUCUGCAGACCUCCACAGACUUCUCAGAAUCCUGGAAAGCUCGCUCCCAGUUGCAAUGACUGUAUGAACACACUUCACAUCAGCAGCACAAACACUGUUGGGGAAGUGAUCGAGGCCCUGCUCAAGAAGUUCCUUGUGACUGAUAGCCCUGCCAAGUUUGCACUUUAUAAGCGUUGUCACAGGGAAGAUCAAGUCUAUGCCUGCAAGCUCUCAGACCGGGAACAUCCACUCUACCUGCGUUUGGUAGCAGGACCCAAAACAGACACACUCAGUUUUGUCCUUCGUGAGCAUGGAAUUGGAGAGUGGGAAGCCUUCAGCCUCCCAGAACUACAGAAUUUCUUACGCAUUUUGGACAAGGAAGAAGACGAGCAGCUUCAGAACCUGAAGAAGCGCUACACAGCCUACAGGCACAAGCUUGAAGCAGCUCUCAGUGAGGUGUGGAAACCUGAUUAAAGCAGUGAUGCUCAGCCACUCGGGAACAGUGCGGGCUCAACCCACGUACAAAACAGCAACAAGUGUCUCUUUUCCUCGGGCGGUUUUCUUGCCCUGUGAUGCGAGGGUCUCCCCGCUUUUAUAAUCUCCAGAUUUAGUUCUCACAUAACAUCCUUCACCUUCAGCAGCCUGUGUAAGGGACCCUGCAAGCUUGUUCUGUUACUUUCAGCACUGCAAUGUUACCUCUCGCCAAGCUGUGAAUCUGGAGGGUUCUUCAGGCAGCGGUCUAGAAUGCU